AUGUUUCUCUCCUUUGAGGCUCAGCCAGAGGAUGGCGAACAGGGUGUGCGUAACCCAAAACAUGCAAAGCGCGGCGAGAGACUCGGCCAGCGACAGUCGAUGGUACGCGCCUGUAACUCCUGUCGUCGGCGCAAGAUCAGAUGCACUGGGGAGAAACCUUGUGAAUCAUGUCGAUGGUACAAAACACCAGAGCUGUGUUGCUAUCCGGAACGCCGGCAGUGGUCAAGCCACUCGGACAAAUCGCCAACAUCACCAAGCAAUUAUCGAGUCGCACUGAGACGGCUCAUUCCAAACACAGCCCCAGCCCCCGAAAACAUCGUCGAUUUACCCAGAGAGCAAAAUUUAAAUUUGGUGAACACAAACGGAUCUCAAGAUGCACAGCACCAGGAAUCACCAACCGCUGCCGCGUCAAUUCAAACACACAACUCCGCAUUGUCUAUAUCAGAACCAACUCUAGAAUCCCUGCAUUCCAUGCCAGAGGAACUACUCGACCAAGACCAGUGUCCUAGCCGAUCUGAAUCACUUGAGAAUAUCUCAGACGAUGUCAACGCAUUAUCCCUGACCUCCCGACAGCCUGCCUCGUAUUUGGGUAUCUCAUCUAUCCAAGCUGCUAUGAAAGUUAUCGCAUGGCUCCAUCCACAGUUCAGGUCAUCCAUAUCCCGCGUCUUACCCAAGUACCAAAAAAGUCAGGCACUUAAUUCGGUCCCGUCUAUUGCUACACCAUCCAGCUUUCCUCCCACAGAAAUGGAAAUGCUAGAUGCGUACUUCGCCGACUUCCACCCGCUCGCACCACUCUUAGAUCAAAAGAACUUUCGCGCCACUUACCUGACUGGAAACCGGAAAGACAAUCGAUGGCUAGCCUUGCUCAACAUAGUCCUAGCGUUGGGGAGUAUCGCAGCCUCGGGCUCAGAUAGUCACAAACACGAGGAAUAUUUUGAGCGCUCGAUGAAUCUCCUGAAUCUGGCUACACUCGGGACUCCUACCAUGGAGACUGUUCAGACUCUAGGUCUCAUUGGAGGCUGGUACUGUCAUUAUACAAGCCAGCCAAAUCUCGGAUACUCCCUGAUGGGCGUGUCACUGCGCAUGGCGGUCACCUUAGGGAUACAACGAGAGCCUUUCGAUGGCCAUUUGGUACUGGACCCUGUCAAAGCUGCCUACCAUGAAUUUAAACGUCGUGUAUGGUGGUCACUUUGCUGUAUGGAGACAUGGGGUCAUGAGACCCUCGGGCGACCAUGCAUGGACUUUUUUGCUCCAAGCAUCACUGUCUCCCAGCCUCGGCUGCUUGAUGAGGAAAAUUACCUCCAAAUACUCCCCUUGAUCGAAAAUGUCGGUUUCGUGAAGAUUGCCUCGAGAAUACAAGAAUCGUUAGCUGGCCUGCCAACAAUCACUCACGCAGAGACAAUCGAUCUGGACUCGCAGCUUCUUUCAUGGUGGAACAACUUGCCCCUAGCUCUGAAAGAUUAUGAGCCUUGUUCUGAGUCACUACACACCGCGCGGACUGUAAUGCGUUGGCGCUUUAAUAAUCAACGCAUGCUACUAUAUCGUCCAAAGCUACUAAGCUACGCGAUGCGACGAGUCCCUUUCAUGAGUAUCCGAGAGGAUGAGCGUCAUGCCAUUCUCAAGUGCCGUGAGAUCGCGGAACUUAGCAUUCAAGAUAUUUCCAUGGCGGCAAGGUUGAAUCAAAUGAUUGGCUGGAACGGUGUCUGGUUGUUAUUCCAGGCAACCAUGAUCCCACUCAUCUAUUUAUCUACCCGAUCAACAAAUGACGAUGCCGUCGCCAAAUUUGAAGCCUGCAAAACACAGGUUGAGACGGCUAUAAUAACGCUUGACCGUUUGAAGCCGUAUGGACACACGGCAGAGCGUACUUUGGAGGUUGUUUCGGCAAUUCUCGAAGUUUGUCUGCAGGGGACUGAGGUGGAAUCUCUUGAUAGAGCUGCGGAAAGUUUUGAACCUCAAAAUGUUUCUCAUUUCAAUGAGUUCAAUUGCUAUCCACCGGCAUCUGCAGAUCGAGUUUGGACUUGGGCUGUUACAUCUUUCGAAAACUUGCCAACUGACUCGAUGUGGGAAUAUCUAAGUUGGGGUGCUCAAGAUAUGUGGCCUGGGGUUACCGAUGUUGGUUUUGACAAUCCAGCAAUGUCUUUUUUUCAAUCCACCGAGGGACAUAUUUGA